AAUGCUCGAGGGAAAAUCAGCCGGGGAGACCACGAAAAUUAUAUCAAGUGGAUUUGACAAGUAACUCAGUCCAUGAUAAUAAGGCAAAGCGGCCGUUUUGACUAAAGUGAUAGUUAGCUCAAUGGAUAUCCACCGAGUUUAAGAGCAACAGCGGGAUUUGGAAGUCCAGUUUGAGUGCCGCCGCCGCCACAGCUAUAUCAUCUGAAGUUGGAUAUUGUAAUCACUGCAAUGCCUGAGUCCUCAAACCCGCCUUUAGGGAGAAAAAUGAAGGCACGUGCCCCCCCUCCGCCACAGGUCCCUCUACCCGCCCCACGCCACAUCUUCAGAAAUGCUGUACCUGAUGGGGGAGGGACAUCAGGCAUGGACGCCAAGGAGAACAUGCUUAGGCCCACUGUGGAUUUACAGCUAACCCUACCACAGGGAUACCAGACUUCUGUAACUGAGGAUGGCAGUAAGGCGCUGAUGGACCUGCUGGUCGAGCUGUGUAGUCGCUACCACCUGAAUCCAGCACUGCACACCCUGGAGCUGCUGUCGCCCGAGGGCCACACUUUGGGGUUCAAGCCCAACGCUCUGCUGGGCUCCCUCAACGUGGCCUGUGUCCUCAUCAAGGAGAAAGUCUGGGAGGAGAAAGUGGUGCGCAGACCAGCGCCCAAAGUGCCAGAGAAAACGGUGCGUUUGAUGGUGAACUACCACAGCAGCCAGAAGGCAGUGGUACGGGUCAAUCCAUUGGUACCACUCCAGGCUCUGAUACCGGUCAUCUGUGACAAGUGUGAGUUUGACCCUGCACAUGUCCUGCUCCUGAAGGACAGCAUCAGUCGCCACGAGUUGCCGCUGGACAAAUCUCUGAUAGAGCUGGGGAUCAAGGAGCUCUACGUACACGAUCAGAGUCUAGUUCUCCAGCCUAAAAUGGCUUCUGCGCCCGCUCUUAACUACUCAGACUCCAUCGACUCCAGUAGUAACAGUUUGGGCAGAGCGCAGAAGAAAGGCCUCCUGGGUAUCUUCCAGUUCAGCAGGAGGAAAACCAAGACAGAAACAACAUCUGUGGACAUGGAUGACUGUGAUGAUAAAACAAUCCAAAAUACAGACACACAAUCCCUUGGUCUGCCCACUGCGACAGGGGUCCCCAGCAUAGAAGAUCGGCCUAGUACCUUGGGCCAGUCUCAGUCGGUCAUGAACAUACCCAGGAUGUCUCCCAAGGCUGAGACCAAGAAAAGGAGGGCCCCCGCACUACCUGGGGCCCCAACACCCACCAUGGGACACACUAGCUUUGAAAGCUAUGAGAUGGGCCUUGGCUCAGAAAGCCAGCAAAGGAAAAGAAAGGCUCCAGCCCCUCCUCCCGCCCCAGCCUCCAUCACCCCAGACCCUGACGACACUUCAACCUCUGCCGCUCCCACCCCUGAUAGCCACGCUACUGAAACACCUAUCCCAGCCUAUCGUAGCAAGGUCGCGCAGUCUAACACUGUCUCUGCUGCCAUUGUGGUAACACAAACCGUAAAACCAGUCCCCUUAAAAACCGCAGCGCAACCUCCACCUGUGAGCGCUGCCACCCCGACCCCCAGCUCCCCGACCCCAAGCAACAGCACCACCGACAGCCUGGCUGUCCAGGAUUCCAGCUCUGAACUUAGCAACGUCCUCGACGACUCAGACGCUGACCUAGACCAGGCCGUGUCCUACUGCAGCACCCUCACCAGCAGCACAGCGAGCGGGUCUGUGCGAGUACAGCCCUCUACGAAUAGCUACAGCAGCACGGCUGCCAAAUUAAAUCUAGAGGCGACCUCAGCCAGCAGCUCCAGGUCCGAGACUGAGUCGGCCCUAAACCUGAAACUGGAUGACGUUGAGAACAACAGACACAGUGCAAUGGGAUCCCCUGAUCGAGCAGCGCCACCCAAACCCCGUCGCUCCCCGGGCCAGGAGCCACCACAGCUUGUCCUACCCCCUACCCCGUCCUUCCCUCUCAUUGAGCCCACAGAAAGCAACUCCCCGCAGAGUCCCGUGGAGGCAGAGGAAGCGGCUCCCCAGUCUUGGCUCCACUCCAUUCAAAGCUCCACAGCCAGUUGCCAGAAACCAGAAACUGGAACACCCGAGGAGGAGACCACGUCCUUGGGCAGCAGCAGUGGUGGCAGCAGCCUGCCUGACCAGGGUUACGCUGCCUCUGAGGGCAUGGCAGAGGGCGAGGACUCGGGCAUGGUCAGCUCUCCAUCUGACACCCAACCCACAUCCCCAGAUGGGAGUUUGUCUCUGGAUGGAGGAGAGAGAUUGCUGGGACCAGUGCGGGACAAUUCUAGCGACAGCGAUGAGGGAUGUGCCACCUGGGGAUCAAGAUCAAGACACAGGCACAAUGACAUCAGCCCACAGGUAAAGUCAGGCAGGUUAAAAGACAGCUAUGAAGACCCGGACCUCACAGCUCAGCUCAAUCAGACUUUGGCAGAUUUUGAAGAAAACCUUGCAGAUCACUUAGAUAUAGCCUCAGCGAAGGAGAGGCCCUAUACCAUGUCCUCAGACAGUAAUGAGGUGCCGGUGUCUGUAGUGGACAUGGAAGUGCCAGUCACAGCCAUAGAUGAAGUACUGGAGGACUAUGAAUGUCGCAAUGUAGAAAAUGAGACAAAGUCACUAACCAGGACUGAGUCAGCUGGGAGCAAAGGUUCAGGCUUUUGUCGCAAGUCCAGUGUGGAGCCACAGAACAAAAACAACAAUGCUUGUACAGCUGCUGACAGGAACAAAAGCAGCAGUGCAAAUACUAAGAAGCCGUCUCAACCUGAGCAGAGUAGGAGGUCACUGGGGAACAAGUCUAUAGCUGUUAAAAAGCAAGAAAAGAUGCUAGAGACAAAAAUGAAAGAGACGAGCCCCACUGAUACCAACAGUGUGGAAGAGGAUAAACACAGAACACCGUCAGCAGUGAAAUCUAAUGUUGACCUGCAGAAACACAGCAAGAGCACUGUGAAAAGUAACGCUCACUCUUUUCAAGAGAAGACGUCCGUUCUUCCACCAACCAGUCAGACAUCGGUGUCUGCAGAGAGAGAUGAAGAGAUGCACAGAGUUUACCAAAAUCACUCCAGCCAGAAUACUUCACAUGGUAAAAUCACUCGUAAUGUCACGUCACGCUUCGGUUUGAAAACGUUCACUGUGGUCCCUCCCAAACCCUCUGUCAUGCAUGCUGCUACGGGAGAGCCAGCUGUCAAAUUAACUGUCGGUGCCAUUAAGAUUGACGAUCAAGGAAACAUGGUGAAAGGUAGUAUCUCCCGGAACAAAGUUGGUGGUUCAUCAGAGUCUGAAAUGAAUCCCAGUGAGGGGUCUCCUCUUCUUGGAAAAGCCAAAGCUUUUUGGAGCUCAAAUAAGAGACAAGAAAGUGCUGUGCCCCACAGCAAAGAUCUCAUUGUCAAUGCUAAGGAGAGCACAGAUGGCCUGAAAAGUACUCCCACUGCAAUCGCAGUAACUACUUUAAAGAGCAGUAACACUGAGGAACUGAAAAUGCACACUUCACUUUAUAAAAAUGCCCAGCCUAAAGAGAUGGUUAAAGAAGAAGCUAAAGAACCAGUGAGAGCCGUCAAAGUUGCAAAAGAAGAUCGGGUAGAGGUGGAGAGCAAGAUUUCAGUGUCCAAAAGUGCUCAACAGCCAAGUAAUAAACCUGUCCUUCCCCCUCCUAUCCUUCCAGACCUGAAAAGAGACCUGUCCUUCCUCAGACCAUCCAGGCGAACCUCAAGCCAAUAUGUGGCAUCUGCCAUUACUAAAAACACCCCGAAGACCUCAGCUAAACCCAACUUCAUCCCUAAUGUACACGACUCCUCUGCUUCUUUUAAAGCACAGACUGUCAGUUUCCAGAGAUCAGGUCGGUCCAUAAAAGUGAAUCCACACCAAUCUUCCGAGUCAUCUUUGUCAGAUAAUAAGGAGAAUGACUCUACUUCCAAAUCCAACCCGCCUGGUCCUAAGAGGUCUAUGAGCCACCCAGAGCAUGUGUCAGAUGGCCAGAGAGAUUUGGGAGAAGUGGGACCGGACACCGGUGGAUUUGGAAGUUGUGUUGGAUCCACCAAAGGAAGCUCUAAUAUGUUGGAAACAGAAGCAGCCAAGAAUAGGCACAUUCACUCUAUUGGGCCAAUCCAAAAAAAUAUGAUCGGCGGUAAUGACAGCGAUAAUAUUAAACCUAUUAGGCUCAGAAGCCCCAGCCCUGCGCAAAGCAGUCCUCUACACUCAUCUGCCAAACCACCCACAGCUCCCAAGGCUGUAUCCCAAGGCCAGCCAAGUAACCCAAGGGACAUGGCCAAGGCAGCCACUCAUCUAACACCUGAUGCAAAGCCACAUCCUUCUGUCACAGUGUCAGACAGCGGUGUGACCCCUGGAACUCCACCGGUAAUGGUGUUUGGGCCAACUAAAAAGUUCAAACCAGUGAUCUCUAGAUCUCCUGAGAAAGACACGUCUCUGCACAGCAGCCUGAUGGAUGCAAUCCAGACAGGCGGAGGCAGGGGCAGGCUCAAGAAGGUAACCACUGCUGGUCCCAGCAGCAUGAAGAAAACAUCUGAUGUUGAGGAGGAGAACGAGAGGUCUGCCCUUCUGGCUGCCAUUAGAGCCCAGAGUUGCUCCGGAAGGCUGAGGAAGACCAAAUCGGAGGCUGCUGACGAGCUGGAGAAGUUCAGGAAGGCAACUACUGAGGAGGAGGGAGGUGCAGGCCCUCCCUCUUUGGCUUGCACUUCUCCUCCUGUCUUUACCCCACCACCACCACCCGUGAUUGCACCUCCACCUCCUCCUCCUCCUCCUGUCUUGCCUCAGGCUAAGCCUAGCACUGUGGCACAUCCAAGUGCUAACGCCCCUGUGAACCCUGCCUUGGCCAGGGAGGCUAUGCUGGAGGCCAUUCGCUCUGGAUCGGCUGCUGACAGGCUAAAAAAGGUUGCCGUGCCCUCAAAGACAGUCCAAGUGAAUGGCAGACUGGGAAUAAUCCAAGCAACCUCCUCAACACUCCCUCAGCAAUAGGACGGGAAGCCCACAUCACCGCAACAACAGAUACAUUCAUCAUUAUUAUUAAUUCAUUUCAGUUUGAAUUUUUUUUUUUUUUUGUCAUUGUGCUUUUAGAAAACUGGACUGAGUCACAUUUGGAGUGAAUGCUAUUUGGAAGUUUUGGGAAACUUGAUAUGAUGCGUGACACAAAUACCGAUAGAUAAAAUGAUUUCUACAUGCCAUCUAGAUAAACUAGAUUAUUCAAAAAGGGCUUCACAGCUCUGACUGUCGGUCUGGGGUCUUAUGUUUAAACUGAUGCACUAAUGCUCAAAGAAUUUAGUAUAAAAGGGGAAUAAUUUAAACACUUCUUCUUGUGUGUUGAAUGUUGCUCUCUCUUAGUAGCCAAACAUCAGUAACAUCUGUCUGAUAAAGGUGUCAGAGGUGAAAGGUUUGCAGGUAAUUCCACUCAUAAUAUCAGAUCCCUCGCUUAUCUUAUAACAAUACUUUAGUGGAAAGAGUUUAUGUCCAUCGCGGUUCCUAAACAUAUCUUGCCAUCUAGUACUUGAAUUCAGUAGUUUUAACUGGAACGUUGUACAAAAUGUGUGCCAAUGAAAGCAAAUUUAAAUGUUUUAUGCUACUUUUUUUUUUCCUUCUGAUAUUUUUAUUUUUUAUUUUACCACAGUUAAGUUAUGGCUGCCUCAUACUGUUGCUCAGUCAGUGUUAUGUAUAUGAUGUUUGCUGUAAAAAUUCUAUAUGGGGUGCAAUAAGUUAGAUCUGAUGAUGUUUUCAGAUUUUAACUAAUAUUUGGUUGAAUAAUUAGGAUAACUGAAGACUUAAGUACACUUGAGAAAACAACGGAUACGGGAUUAUCCACUGACAAUGUUUCAUUUUUUUUUCUUUUGUGUAAAAUUGUAUUUUAUCCGGAUCUGGUCCAUAAUGCCAACUUCUACAGUUCAUGGCUCUGACGAGGAGUAAGAUAGGGGUGGCUUACUAGUGCCUUUUAGCUCAAUAUACUUAUCUGACCUAGCUGCUGUUUUAAAAAGACAUUGGCAUACAUGGUCAGUGUCCUGCAGAAACUUGUACAGCAGCGAUAUGACUGACUGUGCCUUUGAUGUAAGGGAAAUUAAGAUUAACCUUUUCUUUCUUUGACAUUUCAACAUUUUUGAAGCACUGUUAUAGUAUAUCAAUGGUGGAUGUCACCAUGAGCAAAGAGAUCAGUUAACUAAUCAACAAGUCAAUAUGUAAUGGCUAUGUAAUACAAACCACCAGUUUAGGAAAGCAGUAGUUUAAGUUAUCUAUGACUUUGAUUUAGGCAAAAAAAAAUGCUCCACUGUAGGUGAAGUUUACAGUAUGGAGUAGCUUAGGUUGAUAAAGGGAGAGUGGACCAUUGCCAUUAAGUGGUAUCCUUAUGGAUAAAGGAGGAUGUCCAUGCUGAAUCAUCUGUAUGAAGAAAAACCUAGAGCAUCCAUAGUCAGGUGUAAAUGCUUGCUGCUGUGGAUUGUGUGAUAAAUCUGAGUAAAAGGAGUUGAUUUCCUAUUUUUAUAGAUUUAUUUUAAUUCAUACUCAGUUUCUACACUCAGAAAAUAUUUUUGUUUUAUGUUUUACCCUGAGAGUGAAAAAAUUAGCUUUUCUGUUUUUUUUUUUUUUUUCCUGACUAGAAUAGAAUAUGUCAUUCCUGUUAGAUGGUUUCAUCUACACGCAAUAUCCUACAGCACGUUGUAGCAUUGUAUAUUUUGUAAACUAAAGAUCAUCGCCGUGAAAGAUUUGAUUUAAAUCUUUGGUAGAGAGCUAUUUCACUGAUGGUUUGAACAUUUUAUAAGCUAUUGCUUUUUAAGUGCACAUUGUUUUUGGGAAGGUUGCACACUUAUUUUAUCUACCCCAAUUUUUUUGAUUUAAUAAAUGAUUUUGCAAUCAA